UAUGUAUGUGUCUACGCUUCCUCUUUGUAUUCUUCCUCUCUCUCUCUCUCUCUCUGCCCAUAAAAAAGAUAUCUUUGCUAUGGAUUCUCUUCUCUUCUCUCGGUUUCUCAGCUCUCCUAGUCGGAACUUUGUCACUUUCCGGCUAUCUCCCUCAACUCUCCGCCCACUCAUUAAGCUUCUGGCUUAGUCUCCUCUUCUUCUUCCGAUCAUAUUUCUCCGGAAUAUUCUAAGGGAAUUUUGGGUAGCUGAGAGGGGGGUGAUAUGAGGCUUUCAUCCAUGUUCAAUGGGCUUGCUAGGACCCUCUCAUUCAGGAAAGGGAGGAGCAAUUCUGAGGAGGGUGGGAGAGAAGCUGUGGAAGCCAUGGCUAAGAUGGCCAAGAAAAAUGAUUUGAUACUGAGAUCUUCUGGUGCCAUAAAUGUUGAUGGCUCUAGGAAUUUUGCUUCUGUUUUCUCCAAAAGAGGAGAGAAAGGCACCAACCAAGAUUGCUUCAUUGUUUGGGAGGAAUUUGGAUGCCAAGAAGACAUGGUAUAUUGUGGUAUAUUUGAUGGGCAUGGCCCUUGGGGACAUUUCGUGGCAAAGAUGGUUCGAGAAUCUAUGCCAUCAUCGCUGCUUUGUUAUUGGCAGGAGUCACUGGCCGAGGCUUCAAUUGAUCCAGAUUUUGGUUUGGAUGCCGACAAAAAGCUUAAUAAGUUUAAUAUAUGGAAGAAUUCUUACCUCAAGGCUUGUGCUGCUAUAGAUCAGGAGCUGGAGCACCACCCGAGAAUCGAUUCAUUUUAUAGCGGAACCACCGCCUUGAGUGUUGUCAGACAGGGUGAGAUGAUUUUUAUUGCAAACGUUGGAGACUCUCGUGCUGUAUUGGCUACGACCGAGGAUGAUGGAAACAUGGUUGCAGUUCAGCUCACUAUCGAUUUUAAGCCCAAUCUACCUCAGGAAGCUGAGAGAAUAACACAGUGUAAUGGGCGCGUAUUCUGCUUGGAUGAUGAACCAGGGGUGCAUAGAGUGUGGCUGCCCGAUGAUGAAUCCCCAGGCCUCGCAAUGUCGAGAGCCUUUGGAGACUAUUGUGUGAAGGAUUUUGGACUUAUUUCUGUGCCCGAUGUGACGCAAAGGCACAUAACAAGCAGAGACCAAUUUGUCGUGCUGGCAACAGAUGGGGUGUGGGAUGUCAUAUCCAACCAAGAAGCGGUGCAAAUCGUGUCGACGGCUCCAGACAGGGCGAAAGCGGGCAAGCGGCUUGUUGAGUGCGCUGCUCGGGCGUGGAAACGCAAGCGGAGAGGGAUUGCGAUGGACGAUAUUUCUGCUGUUGUACUCUUCUUUCAUUCUUCUCCUUUGUGUCAGCAAAUUGUAAGUAGUGGUCUAUUGCUGGAUCAUAGCAGUUAAUGGAUGGACAUCUGAAGUCAAUAAUAGGGGUUUACUAUUUCCUCCCAAGAAUGGAGGGGGCCUUCAAUUUUUGGUAUA